UAUGUACGUACGAAAAAAAAACGCAAUUCCCUCUCACAUGGAACAACUCGCAGAUCAUGAAGCUAACCAAAGCCAUUAUGGGAGAAAAUCUGUUCGUGCAAUCGAUGAAGAUGACGUUCUACGGACAUUUUGUCGCCGGAGAGGACAGAUAUAGGAUCGUACCGACGCUCGAGAGACUGCGAUCGUUCGGCGUCAAACCCAUUCUUGACUACUCGGUAGAGGAAGAUCUGUCCCAGGAGGAAGCUGAGAAGCGUGAAGUGGAGGCUUCUACAUCGUCCACCGGAACGAACCUGAUGGGCGAGGAAUCCUCGAUGCCGCAGUACAGCGUGGACAAAACGUUCGCCGAUCGGCGCUACAAAGUACAAAGUGCGCGUACCUACUUCUAUCUUAAUGAGGCGACCUGCGAGCGCAACAUGGAAACGUUCCUGGAGUGUUUGGACGCGGUCAAAGUAAAGCAACAACGCCAUGGCUGGCAUCCGGGAAGGGCAAACAUCUCGCCUGAUGGCGCAGUGGAACCGGCGGGCGACGACACCAAACCCGGGUUGCACAAUCAAUUGGCAAUCGUACAAAUAUUCCUGGAUGGUCUGACCUACUACUAG